UUUGAAGCUUCACGGCGCCCCUUUAUGACGUCAUUUUAGCGUACUAAUAAAUAAGACCUCGCUGUUUGUUUUGCUUGCCCAAGAUGAAAAAAAACAAAGCCAGUGGCGUUGCAUGGGUGAAGCCAGCUGAGCCCUCUUUUCUAAAGAAGUUUAAAAGUGAUGUUGGAUACAAAGAAGGACCUAAUGUUGACACUAAGCGUCAGGUAAUGCCCGUCCUGGAUGAUGACAGUGGGAGCGAUCGAGAAGAGGAGUUACCUCAGGUUGUGGUGCUGAAAAGUGGAGACCUGACUGCAGAGGAGGUGAAGACGAUCAAGAAUGAGAUCCAUGUUUCAGAUGAUGCUGCAAAAGAUGCAGCUCCUCCUGAUGGAAAAAUCGUUUUCAAGAAACCAGCCAAGCGCACCAUUUCCAACAAAUAUCAUGGCAUCACUGCCAGUUCAAGCAAAAAGAAGAAGAAUGAUUGUGUAGAGGAGGAAGAGGUGGUAAAGUCUGGAACGAAAAUAAAAAAUAACAGUCUGUUGUCAUUUGGAGGGGAUGAGGAGGAAGAAGAUGGUUAAAUGUUACCUGUGAAAAGUAAGACUGGCAAAAGGGAUGUCUGUAUACAAAGGUAUUUACUGCCAGAAGAUUAGUUCUUUUUGAUCGGACAGACUUUUACCUUCUCUCAGUACACCUGAAUAUUUUUGCCCAGCUCAGUUAGCUGGGAGCAAAAAAUCUGGUAAACCUGAUCCUAAAUCAUAUAGAAACUUGCUCCCUCCUUUGUUUUCGAAUAAAUCUAAAUAGCUAAACAGAAGCAUGCAUAGAUCAUAUUUGCGCCUUUUCUAUUUCCAAAACAAUGUUGUCAGAUGGCCUAAAUAUUUUUUUUCAUUCAGAUUUUAAAUUAAUUUCUGUUUCGAGCUAUUUAUUUAGCUCUGUAGGCAGCUACACAAUGAAGUCUAUUGUUGGCAGGAGUGCAUAAUAAUAUGCAGUUUGUCACAUUAAAAUUUUUGAAAUUUAGGCUUUUUUUCCGGUAUCUAGUUGCAUAAACUGCAGUUGCAUUAAAUAAAAAAUACCAGGCAGGCAUUUUCAGAAUACAAGCUGAUUAUUUAAUAUUUUGAUAUUUAAACACUUUGUGAUGGAAAUGUAAAUACUUUAUAUUUUCUUAUUCUGUUAGCACAUUCCACGCUGAAAAUUACCCUUAUUCAUGACUUUAUCAUUCUAGUAGAUAAGGGAUUCAACUCAUGCCGUAAGGCCUUCUGCAAAAAUACAACAAAACUAUUGCAUUUGUCAUAUCCUGAAUGCUUUAACAAAGGAGCUGUGUCAAUUUAUAUCUGUAAUCUUGUUAAUGCUGUUGUACAUUUGAGUUUAAGUGCAUUUUGUCAGCUACUGUUGUGAUAUUUGAUAAACAAUGAAAACAUCCUUUUUAAAAGUCCUUUAUUUUUGAAUAAAAUGCGGUCACAUUGCACGUUUUCCUAUUAGGUGUCUGAAGUAACAAUCUCUAUUGAAGGUCCUAAGUAUGUCAUACAUAUGAACACAUUUAGUUUUGCUGUUUGCAGUAUUACAAAUUAAACUCUGUAGCUCACUCUAUUUUAUUGGCACAAUGGUGAUUUAGAUAUGUGCACUGCAUUGAUUGGUUUUGUGAUUCUCUCAUUCCUCAUCUGGUGUAAUCACCAUAUUACAAUCUGAGGAAUGUUUAAUGUAUAGGAAACAUGUUUUUCAAGCACCUGAAAAUACUUGAUACGGGAAAAGCAUCUACAUAUCAGAAAAAGAAAACAAAAACACCAGUAUAAGUUUUUUUUUCUCAACCCCUUUAUUAAAAAAGGCAUAUUUCAUUCUCACACCAGAAUCCAAAUAAGCACAAUUGAUAAAAAAAAGCGUUCAUGGUGAAAAUCCAAAACAAAAUAACAUUUUGAAUUCUGUGACAGGAUGCUGUGGUUCUUUGGUUUUUAUACACCCACUGACUCUACAGCUCUGGAAAAUUACGUUUGUUUUUCUUUCGUGUAAAGGCCUAUACUUUUUGGUCCUAAAGCCACCAAGGUACUAUGUGUUUCUUGUGAAAUCUUGGCUGUUGUGUUUUCAAGACGUGUUUGAUUUAUUCCAAGUUCUACACUGUUAUUUUCAUAGUUAUGGGAAUGAUGCCUAUUGAUUCUGAUAGUGUGUCCUUAAAAGUAAUUCUUUUUUGUAAGAAAUAACAAAAGUAGUUAGCUCAAUAGAGAAGCUGUAAACAAACCAGUUGAAACCCGUUCUGAUGGUUUUACAGUUAUAUUUUAGAAAAUAUACGUUCCAUUGCAUUUGUAGAUUUCUAAAAACCGGAAGACGGCAACACUGCAACAAUCUAUCACUGUAGAGAACAGAAAGAAUAUGAGAACAAAAAAGAUGUCUUUAUGUAAGCUGAUAAUAAUAUUAAGCUGGAAGCUGAGUUCCCUCUAAAAUGUUUGCUAUUAUUUGGCAGUAGACCAUUCUUGUCAAAUUUAGAGGUUUGUUCACAACAUAUCUCAUCUUGUGUCUCCCUGCUUGAGUUCUUUUUAACUGCAUCAAUGUGUGAUAACAGAUAUGUAGCCAAAGAAUUGUAGGUUAUAUCAGACUGAAGUUAGAUGAAGUACAUUGAUCUUGACACUGAAAGAGUGGCUUCAUUUGAGACCUAGUAGUGGUUGAUUUUCUAAAUCUGUAUAAAUAACACAACGUAAAGAGCAAGUGUCAUUCCAUGUCACUUCUCAAGAACAAAAAGAAAACUCAGUGUUUGUGUAUUACCAUGGUGAAACUUAAAUAUAAAUCAGAUCCAGUCUGUUUUCCCCAUUCACACUGAAUUUGCAAUAAUGCCUAAACAUAACUUUCAAAAGACGUGUAUAGUGACUGUAUUUUGCAGUCAACCAACACAACAGUAACAACCAACACAAACGAAACGUUUGUUUUGCUUUGUGUUAAUAUAAACUGUAAGAGAGGUGUCUGUCAUGUUCAACACUUAAUUGUAAUAGGUGUCAUUGUUUAUUGGUCUGAACCCCGGCCUAAAGUGUUCCACAUUUUGAUGAUGUGGCUUUUGCCAUCAGCAUCUUGUUUGAAGAGUUGCCAUGGUAGCAGAAAUAAAGUUGUAAAAUCAAGCUUCCGUGCCCUGUGGAAAAUGGCUUUUCCUGGUAUUUUGCUUUGCCCAUACCUGGGUAAAUUUAUACAGUGUACAUGUGUCUUCGUUGCACAUCAUCUUUACACAUCUGAAUUAUGCUUUUUCUUAAAUAUCUGAAUUAUGCUAUUUUAAAAAAUGCCUUAAUUUCAUUUAACUUCUCGUAAAUAAACUAUAAGGCUGAAGUUCCAAGGAAACAGCACUUUAGCCCAUCAUGGCACAGGAUGUUUUAUUGAUGGUCUUUUACUUUAUUCUUCAGUUUUGUAAAGCUUUUAAAGGUACUGUUUAAACUAAAAAAGAAAAUCUCUGUGAAACAUCUAUCUGUGUCUGAAAAACAAAUAAAGAAACAAGACAAAUAUGUG